AUGACGGAUGCCUUUGAGGCAGCUCGGAAGGCGGACGAGGCGGCCCGGGCAAAGGCAGAUGUGCCCAAAGAGGCAAAGGAGAAGAGCACCAAACCAAAUGUCAGCUCUGAGCGGCAAGGCCAAGUGGCUCAACAUGAGAUCCGAAGCCAGUUGCAAGCCCUGGCCGAGUCGAAACUGCGUGCUGUCGAGAACGAGGACUUUGAAUUGGCCGAAAAGUUAAAGCAUCAAGAACAGGAGCUUCAGCAGCUAUGCCCAACCAAGUCUUGGGCCUCUUUGGUGGUGGACCGGAUACCGCCGCCGGCCGCCCAGCGCGGUUCCCGUGGCGAGAACACCGUCUUCCGCCGGGGGGUUGGCAUGGUGCCCAAAGCAGGCCCGGCACCCCGAGGGGCGCCCGCAGCACCUCCUCCGGUGUCCGGCAGCGCCGGCGGCUGUGCCGGCGGCUGCGCUGCGGCCAUGUCGGCGACCCGACAGGCUGCAGGGAAGUUGGUGUUCGUGCUGACAGCCCCAGGCGAACUCACACCUGAAAGCUUCAAAGCAACGACCACUCACGUGGCGCGCCGAGACGCCCUAGCGCGCAUUGCGACGGCUGCGCUGUGGAGGGGCCGUGGCCUUCCGUGGGAUGAUAUCCAUGAGAUUGUGUUCAUCUUCGAGGACUAUCGAGCCUUGCAUAUGAGCCCUCGCUUUGUGGCCAGUUGUCCCGUGCCUUCAGAGUACCACAUGAUCAUGGUCCUCCAAAGGGCAUUGGAAGGCACUCAAAUGCCAGGUUUGCACAUCUCGGCGCCCGAUCGCGAGCGAUUUCUGGGGGGGCACAUCGACGACAUGGUGGCCCAGUACGCCCACAGCGGUCCCACCUCCGUGGUGCUUCUGCACGAGGCCUAUCCACAGAGCUUGGGGCUCUAUGAUGACAACCUCCGAAGUGAUACAGCAGGAGAAUCAUCAAAGAGAACGCUCCUCUUCUUCCUGGGCGCUGUCAAAGACAUGACCCCGGAAGAGAGUCGUGCUGUGGUCAAAGCUUGCCGCGCUCGUGAGGUGCCAUGUGUUGAGGCCAACCUCGGUCAGCAUGCAGAGUUCACCUCCAAAAUCAUUGAUGUGCUGCAUGGCCAUCACCUGUAUCGCCGCUUGGCCCCUGCUGUUGCUUUCCGAGCGCGGCGCGCGGCCGCGAGCGCCGGCGCCGGCGCCGGCGGCGCGGGCGGCGUGGUCCCGCCACAGGGGACGUUCUGGGUCUUCGUGCCGAUGAGUGGCUCACCUCGAGAGAUGGUGGCCGACGAUAAGAAAAAGGAUGGCCAAUACGAGAUCCCCCGGUGCUGCAUUUCACAGCUUUGGUGUUCCAAGAGUGAGCACCGUUGUCAUGCCUUGUCCUUCGUGUAUCCUGGCGGAGAGGUCCUCACUGUGAACCCUUCGCUGGUGACCUGCUUGAAGCUGCAGCACCGCGCGGCCCCCACGGAGCGCAAUUUGGUGAGUGCGCUGCGGGUGGCCAGUGGCGACUGGAGGGCCGAUCCCAACCUCACGGUGGACGAGGGCUGCGUAGUCCUGGGCGACGCCGGCAAUGUCAUGGCCAAGCGAGGUGAAGCUUUACAUCCUCAGCGCACCGCCCUGUUGGACCUGGAGGUGGGCAGCGAAGGUCCUGUUCCACGGCUGGAUCCUUACACUGGCAGCAGUGGCAAGGGGUUGCAAAACGUGGUGGUGUUGCUACACCAGUCUGGUGCGCGCGACUUCCCGCGCAACUUCCGGUCGCAGUUGCUCAAAGGUUUGUUCCCCAAGGGCACCUCAAAGACUUGGACGCAGCUCGCCAUGCCUCGUCUUAGCAUUCACGCCUCCAUCUCUUUGUUGGGUCAUUUCUGGGACACCCGCGCCUUAACGAGAGCCUUGGAAAAGAUCCCAGGCGUAUCUCGUGCACAGUCACAGGAGCCGGCGGCAAACGAAGCAGCACCCAUCAAAAUCCUUCAGCGCAAGGCGGAAAUCAGUGACCGGACCGAAGAGACGGAAGGAUGGCUACGACAAGGCCGUCGAGGGAAGCAAGAAGUCGAGGAGAAGAAUGAAUUGCCCUUGGAGAUCCUUCAACGUCAGGAGCCGGGUCCAGCGCCGGAUUUACCGGUCCAGCCGGUCCAGCCCACACCGGAGGAGAGUGAUUCAAGUGCAGCAAAAGCAUCAAAGCCCGAAGAAGAGCGUUCUCCCACGUCUCCCAUUUGGGAACGUCUUCAGGCGCAACGAGAUCAAGGCACUCCUCGCACUCCGGUGGCCUGGGAAGAGCUGCUCAGUAGUGAUGAAGAGCUAGUGGAGAAAGGGCUCGAGUCUGCCUAUGUUGCCGGGGAGGUCCUUUUAGUUAUAUCGGGCAUGUGGAGAUAUGUGGAGAUUAGCAAUUUGAUGAUAUCAUUGGAACGGUUUGAGGUGAUCAAUGCUUGGAGAUGCUCCAGCGAUGGUGGCAAACUUGAUGAGAAUUGCGGCAUGUAUGGCCUGCGCCUCAUCAACAACUUCUACGCGGACUUUGCUGGGACGCGCUCCGACUUCGUGGUGGUGGGCCAUCCGGAAUACAACCUCGGGAAGGUCCGUUCCGACUACGGCUACAAGGAGCGCGUGCUCGCGAAGAGCCGAUCAGAGCCGCAGCUGGCGGUGCGCGGGGGGUCCGAAGCGGAGCUCCCUGGUGCCCAGAACAGGUCUCCCAGCAUGCGACGCAAUCGCAAGGAACCGUCUGACCGCCGGGUGGGCCAACGAUCUGCGAUCACAAGCAGUGCUGCAGCUCAGUGGGGAGGGAAGAUAGGUCCAGCCAGUGCCCGUGGCAACGUGAAAGGCUCUGGUAAGAUUUUCGCAUGCCUGUCAGGUGAUGGCGAGCUUCUCGCGCCAGCCAGGGAAGAGACCGUAGCCAUGUACACGCGGGAGGAACUCGAAAGCCUUCGCGGACGGGUGCAACGCUCCCCGGAUGCGGUGAAGGUGGAGUUGGAGGUCGAUGAUGCUUGGCGUGCGGGGACUCUGAAUGAAAAAGCGAGCCUGUCGGAUCUCAGAGCAGCCAAACCUCCACUGCGGCCCAACUCGCCUCACGAGAGCAGCAUGAUGCCUACUCGGUUGUGA